AUGGCAAGGAAAGAUGCAUGCAGUUGUAAGGCAUGCAAAGUUCUUAUCGAGGCAGGCGCUAAAGUGGAAUCGUCGGAUAAAGAUGGGCUCACAGCCCUUCACUGUGCCUCAAGUCGGGGCCAUGCAGACACCAUCUUUACCUUGGUAACGGAGUGUUCUGCCAAAGUUGACUCUCUGGACAAGAACGGGUGUACGCCGCUGUUCUACUCACUGACCAUGCUCCACCUGCACUGUGCAAACAUUCUGCUGGAGCUGGGGGCUGACCCCAACCAUCAGGAUAAGAAGGGAAGAAGCCCUGCCCACUGCUCUGCAGCCAAAGGGUCCAUUCCUGGCCUUGAGUUGCUGUCCACCCAGCACGGUGACCUGUGGUUGAGGAACAUGAAGGGAGACUGUCCUAUACAUGAAGCAGCCCAGGGGCAGCAUGUCGACACAGUUCUCUACCUCCUGAAGUUGAUGGAAGGGCAGGCUAAUCUGGCCAACAAAGAUGGCCGAACCUGUCUCCACAUUGCUGCCACCAACAAUGACCUUCAGAUGUGCAAGACCCUGAUACAGCAUGGUGCUAAUGUGAAUAUUACUAUGAAACACAAGAAUAAACAUGUAUCUCCUCUUGAUGCUGCUCUCGCCAGAGAUAGCACCGAAUGCGCCACCUAUCUGCGAUCACGUGGGGCUGCAACAGGGGACAAAGUCAUCAACUGUGCAGCAAGAAGUAUUCAGAAAAACUGGAAUUUUCACAAAGAAAAGAUAAUGCAGAAAAGGUCCACUGCACACCCGCCUGGAAAAAUGGAAAGCCUUCCUCCAGAGAAACAGGUUUCCAAGAAAUCUAAACUCUCAUCUCCCUCACCAUUGAGCAAAGAAAAAACAAAAGAUGCCAUUGAAAAUAAAGAAGGGAAAAAAGAGAAAAAUCAGCAGAAUAGAUUGAAUCAUCAAAAGUCCAACAAAAUGUCACCAAGGUCGGACACAGAGAUAAAAUCUCCUAGAUUACUAGCAGAUAAUAAUUCACGUGCCAACAACAUUAACAGCAAACAAAGAAAAGAACAAGUCCACUUUAAGAACACACUAGGUGGUCAAACUCAGCCCAAUGACCAGUACAGCCAGCAUGCAAGAACAACCCCUAAACCAAAGUCAGCAGCAGGGGAUGCUGUUAAAACUGGUCCUAAAUCGACCAAAGACAAAACUGUAACACAACAUAAAAACAACACAGCACCGAAGCCUGUACAACAAGCACAGACUACAAAAACUGGAGAAAAAUAUUACCAACCAAAGAGCAACAUAGGGGAAAAAGUUUGGAAAAGCGUCAAAAUAUACGAGUUUAAACGACAAGCAUCACACAACUUGGUGAAGUUUAAACGUCUUCAAAUGAUGUCUGGGACUCCGUCACAAGAUGAAGGGGUACUGGUCAACAAGUUGAUGAAGCUACAAGAGACGGCUGAUGGAGAAAUAGACGUAGAAGCCAUAGCCAACUGGGAUGCAUAUCUGAAAGAGCAAAUCAAGGCAUUAUCAGUCACAUCUAAGAAUAAGAAGAUACAGAACUUAAGUGCAUCAUUAGAGAAAGAGUUUGAGCAAGAGGCCAUUAAAUCCAAAAUGAAAGCUGAUGAUGAGAUGAAAAAACAUGAAGAACAUCAACAAAAAAUAGAGGCACAAGAUGAAAUGGACAAGCAGAUUGCUGAGACUGCACUUUCUCAGGCACUGGAGAGAACCAACAGCAUGUACGAACGCGUCAAUUCCAGGGCAAGCUCUGCCCUUCAGAGGGCACGCGAAAGCAAUUUCCAUCUAAAUGAAAACAUGAAGAUAAGACGUGCUGAACGAUUGUCAAAGUCACCAAGAAGUGAUAAUGACAGUCCCAGAGAUAGAGAUCAGAGGGGCAAGAACAAGACUGAGGCAACAAGAGCAGAGAAUGGAACACCACUGGAAAAUGAAAGUGAAAGUGCUGCCACUCAUUGUGAGGUUAAGGAAGGGGGAAAUAGUAAUGAGACGGGACACCCUGGAAGGUCUCCAAGGGAGAAUAAAGAGAACAAGGAAUUCAUCUAUGAAGACCAAGAAGGGUCUCGCAAAAGUAGAAAAGCCAUCAUGGAGGAAAGGAGAAGAGUGCAUGAGGAGUGGAGAAAUACACAACUCAGCAGAAGGGAAAAGAGUCUUUUCUCAGCAUACGCACCAUUAUGUAUUCCAAAAGAAGAUGCAGGGACGCCUGGGGGCAAAAAGAAGCUUAGAACCAAAAGUGCCCCUCCAAGGUCUUCACUAAACUUUGAUAACAUGGCUGAAAAACACGAACUGGACCAAAUGGAUCAUGCUCUGCCCAGUGUCUCCACCUAUCCUUCCCGUCCGUCGACCUCUGUGGGUCACCACCGCUCCAGGACGCCCAGCUCUACACCAGACUGUGAAGAUCUUCAAACAGAGAUGAUCAUGACACCAAAUGGAAUAGUGAAAAAGAAGUUGGACUCUCAAGGAAAAGACCCAUCCAGUUUAUCCAGAGCAUCCACCCCAGCACAUGGUAAUUUUUCUCCACGCUAUGAUGGACGUUUGAGGCCAAGGAGUUCUCUGGUCUUCAUGGAUCCAGAUACAUAUGAGGAGAAGAAAAAACAGGAGCAGAAAAAUAAAAACAAGAACAAAACUGAUGCAGAUUCUUCUGAGACACAAGAAGUACCAGCAGAAGUGGCAGCAGAAUCCUAAAACACUACAAUAUAUUCCAGAAUACUUACAAUUAAAGCAUGUUGGCUAUGAAUUAAACCUUGCUAUUUGAUAGGUAACACUUUAUCCAAGUUCACAGUUCCUAUAGAGGGUGCGAGCUUUUAUCUGCAUCCACUGCUUUUAUUUAUUGUCCAUGAACAGUUUUUUUCACACAGCUGACGCACUAUCAGUACCAAAACAGGAUAUUGAACAGAUAUAUAUAUA